AUUAAAUUGCUUUUUUUCUCGUUAGAAUACAACUUUUUAUGUCAGAAAAUUGCAACAGUUUUUUUUUCCAUUUUUGCUGUUUUUUUUUUCAGAAUUUCCAACUAUUUAAACUUUCUUCUUCUAAGUUUUCUUGUCAUAACUAUGACUUUAUUUGCAUCAUAUUUUGACUUUACUCUCGCAACAUUCUAACAUUUUCCACAACCUCAUUUUAAAAAAAUUACAACUGCAUUUGUCGUUUACUUUCUGUUAUAUUACGACUUAAUGUCUUUUUUUCUUUAACAUUUGAACUUUAUGUUAUUUUUGCUUAUAAUAUUACAACAUUAUUUUCGGCCCCCGAGUUGCACUUUGGACACCUGUGAUAUGUAGCAUGGCCAUAUUGAUAGCUUGGGUACAGUGGUGAUGAAUAUCCAUUAUUAUUAUUGUCACAAUGUAGGCAGAGCCUCGUUGCUCCCGGUGCCGAGGUAUUUUGGGCACAAAUAACACAUUUUUUGUUUGUGUUUUAAUUAGCAUUUGCUAACAAGUGAAAGUGUUGUGUGUCUGUGGAAAGAUAAAACAAAAUAAAAACCCGCUAACCCUGAUGACUGUGGUUAUCCAUCCUGCAAGGCCACAUUUGGUAUUUGAGGAAGUGGUUAGCCGACAGGAAGUAAGUAUGUUGAUGUUAGCAUGAGAUCAGUGUUUGUGCUUCUACGUGGCAUCAAUCUAAUACCAAGCAAAUACAGGAUCAGGAUUGCCGUGCCAAUACGAUGCCUUUUUACAGAACCUUCAAUGAUUUUGUCUUUAAUUUGUUGAUUAUCACUAUAAUCCGAAUAAAACACAGGAUAAAGAUUUUAGGCAAACAAGACAUUUUGUUAUUAGUGAACAAAUUUAAAUACAACAAUAUAAGACAAUGUAACAAUAUCAACAUAAUAAUACAAAUGUACCCUUUUAUUACAUACAAUUGUUUGAGCAAAAUAAAGACAAAAGUGCAAAAUAAGUCAAGAAAAGCAAACACUACUGUUGACUCUCAUUCAAAUCCGUGUCCAACAACUUAUUUCCUGACUUUAUAAACUAUAUACUGUAUAUACAGUACGUGGUUAUAUUAUCAUGGUUAAUUAGUUCCAGACCCGACUGUGAUAAGUACAUUUUUGUGAAGUAGGAUUCCUCAUUUCUCAAUGUAAUAUUUUCAUUUAGAGCAUAGAUAAACCUGUUAAGAACCUUCUAAAUACGCUUUUGAACAUUAUUAGAGCCCUCUAGACAUGAAAUAACACCCCUAUAGUCACCUUUACACUCUUAUUACCCAAUAUAGUAGACAUAAUAAAAGAAAAUAAGACAUAAAUAUGACUCAUGCUCUUGUGUGUUCUGUAAAAGUGUUCGGUUGCUCGGGGAGCUGAAUCGGGGCGCGAACAAGAAGUGACGCUGGGGGUUCAGAGUUGAGUUUUAGCUUAGUUUGGGUUACGACUGCAGCAGUAGCCCGUGUCAGGGAUUACUGUGCCGGUUGUGAGAUCAUUCAAACCCGCAAUAAAAGCUGUUGUUCUAGCGGUCAACUCUGGUGCUUGUGUGUCUCACCCAACAUUACAGUAACAUUACUGACACCUAGUGACCAGUGUAGAAUACUACAUAUCAUCGCAACGUCUUUGAAUGUUUCUUCAGAAUGCUUUAUAUUUGUAUUUUACUUAAUGUAGCCAUUUUUUAAAUUCUUAUAGGCUGCAUUCAACCACAAAACAGCGUCAUUCAUUAAUUAAUAUAUAUUUGAAAAACCGUAAUAAGAGCGAAGCCGUGAAAUUCCAAGCGUGAAGUGGCGAGGGAAAUUCUGAUAAUGGUAUAUAAAUCUAACAAUAUAAACAACACAACAAAAAAAGCACAAAUUUGUGAAAAUAAACAGACGACAACUGAAAAAUAUCAGUGUUAUUGUGCUGGUAUUGAUCCAAUACUGAUAUGACCAUUGGUAUGGAUAUUAUGGAUACUUGGAUGCAUCUUCCCAGCUCUAGCUCCUGUUUCCAGCAAAUACUGAAUACCUCCAGAAGGAACAUUUGUCAACAUUUCAAAGCCCGAUGACACAAAAAAGAGGAAGCAGCUGCAGGAAGAGGCGGGGUUAUCUUCUGACCAAUGGAAAUACAGAAAAGUACUUGACUUUCCCCGCCCUCGAUGUAAAAGUGCCGGCCUUCCCUGAGUGACAGCUCAGACGCGAUGCUUGUGGGAGCCUGGUGAGGACUGAGUCUACUUUUCACACACACGUUGUUGGAAAACACACACCGUGCAUGUGCAUGUCGCACUGGACAACUGCAAACAAACAUGAACAAACUUGCCAAGGCUCUUUAUGACAACACGGCAGAAUGCGCAGACGAGCUGGCCUUCAGGAAAGGAGACAUUCUGUCAGUGAUGGAUCAAAACCUUGCUGACACCAGCGGAUGGUGGAUGUGUUCUUUGUACGGCCGGCGGGGGCUCGCCCCGGCCAACAGACUGCAGCUCAUACCCGUCGUUGAAAGCACCGCGACUUCUACAAGCCAUUGCACAGACAAAAAAAAAUUCUGUAAUCCUGAAACUGACGACAGUGUGCUGAAUAUCUACCAGAUCCCAAGUCUGCCUCCAAACGGACAAAUGAACACCAUCUACAAGAUCCCCUCCAACUGCUUGUCAGCCUCAGUAACGCCGACCCAUGUGGCUCUUAAGCAAAAUGCACAAUACAAGGAAGAAAAGAAGGUGUAUGAAUCGCCACCAUCCAUGCAUCGGGACACGAAAUGUGACAUCCCUCCACCUUCAGUCACUGAAGCUCACGAUGAAGUCGUCAGUGGAUACAGCACCCUUCCCAGUCCCUGCAAGGCUGAGUGGAUAUAUGAUAUACCAGUGGGUAGUGACAAACAAGGCAGACUUCAGAACAGCUAUAAUACAGUUCCCGCCAAAUGUGUUGGCAGCCAGCUCUACGACACUCUUCCAUUGCAUGCUUGUCCAAAUAGAAGACUCAGCUCAAAUCAUUUGCUUUAUGAUAUACCAAAAGCCUGUGAUUUUGGCUACCCGAGUCCACCCAAGUUGCUACCAAGAGUCCCAAUUUAUGACAUGCCCCCAACUCAGAGGCUUAGCGAGAACGUUCCACCUAACGAGGAUUUGCAAGUUGUCAGUGAUCCUCUUGGUGAUCAUAUACCUCUGGAGUGCCGGGGUGACUCAAGCUUUGGUCAUGACUUUGCAAAGGUGCACCUUUUCAGGGUGAUGUGUACAUCUUUCCGUGGCCGUAAAGAAAGUGGGGAGCACAAAGACCGAGACAGAAGCAUAUCUCUCUCUGCAGUCAAGAGUCAAAGAAUCAGCACACCGCCAAGCUCCUCAAGCAGCUCUUGUGACUCUAUGAGCUCAUCUUCUCUGGAGCCUUUGAGAGAAGUGACACUGGGACAGGAUGAGGCAUGUCGCACACUGCUGGACCUGCAGGAAUCCGUUUGCCAGGCUGUUCCCAAGCUCAUGGAGUUCGUCAGUAGUCGCUGGAGGAACAAAGAACAUCUGGAGAAGCACAUGAAGGAAAUAAAAAUUGCAGCUGAAGGAAUUGCAAGUUCUGUGACGUGCUUUCUACAUUUUGCCUGCGACAUUAAAGGAAAUGCACAACAUUUGAAAGAUGCCAACCUUCAGGCAAGACUCUGGAAACAAGUGUCAGUAGUUGAGGAUUCAGCAGAGAUCUUGCAGCAAACGCUGAGUGGUCUCAACUUGGCCGGCUGGCCCCUUGACAUGCUCUGUCAGGAUCCAGGGCAAGUCCAGACACUUGAUCAACUGGAGCGCUUUGUUAUGGUGGCCCGCACGGUACCUGAGGAUGUCAAGCGCAUGGUGUCCAUCGUAAUUGCCAAUGGCAAGCUGUUGUUCAAAGUCGCUCCAGAUCCAGUUGUUGGUAAAAACACAUCAAAUAAGAGCGAAGCAAAGACAAUUCUAGAUGGGAGUCAGUGUCUUGGAGACUUGGGGGACGAUGGCAAUGACUACGUGGAACUACAGAUGAAAAAUGAUGUUGGAAAGCAAGUAAAAGAACAUCACAUGGAACCAAAAAAGAAUGACACGCUAGCAUCUACCACAAUACAGGCCGAGAACAAACAACAAUCUUGUCACGCAAAUACAGAAGAGCGUCGUCCAGCUUCCAUGUCCGAGCACUGCCGCCUCUACUUUGGUGCUCUUCAAAAGGCAAUCGGGGUGUUUAUAGGAAGCCUCCAGGCUGGCCAGCCACCAGAGAAGUUCAUCUCGCAAAGCAAACUGGUGAUCAUGGUGGGUCAGAGGCUGGUGGACACCCUGUGCAAGGAAGCACACAGUGAAGGGUCCAGUCCGAGCCUCCUGGGUAAGAGCAACCACCUGUGUGCUCUUCUCAAGCAGCUGGCCGUUGGCACCAAGAGGGCGGCCUUGCGCUUCCCAGAUGAGCAAGCUCUGCAUGAGCUUCAACAGUUUGCAAAGGAGCUUUCUCACAGGGCACAACACUUUCGAAUAUCACUUGAGCUUUGAGACACUUUCCAGACUGGACACGGCUUGAUGACCACUGACACUAGGGGUGUCCAAACCUUUUCCACCGACCGACGCAGAAGCAAGAAUUACAAGGAAAGAAUAGUUUUCAUGUUUUAAAAAAAUUAAACGCUCUAAGAUAUGUUAAUCUGUUAUAUUAAUACAGGUAUAAUAAUAAUAUAUUUCAAGGAUCAUUCACACAUUUGUCAUUCUACAACAAAAUUAUUUUAUUAUUUAUACACCCCUGAUCAAAAUUUUAAGACCAGUUGAAAAAUUGAAAGAAUUUAUAUUUUGCACUGUUGGAUCUUAAGAAGGGUUAAGAAGAAUGCAAAAGAAGAAAUGGGAGUGAGACAAAACAUGUUUUGAGUAAGCAUAAAACAAAGUGAAAUAGGCUGUUCAAGCUGACCAAAAGUUCAAGGAAAAAAGAGCCGAAACGCACCUAAAGAGAAAUAAAAUGUUCAAAAAAGGACUUCGUAAUGAGUAGCUGUGCUAUUCUUGUUAAUCACCUCAAAAAUUGGUUUGGGGAUGCUUGAUGCCAGUGUUUCAAGGAGGCUAGUGGGAAUGUUGCUCCAGUUGGUGAAAAUGGCUUCACAGAGGGCAUCCACUGUCUGGAACUGAUGUCCAUUUUUGUAAACUUCCCUUGCCAUCCAUCCACAAAUGUUCACAAUUGGAUUUAGAUAUGGGGAACACGCAGGAUGGUCCAAAAGAGUGAGCUUAUUCCUCUGGAAGAAGUCCUUUGUCUAGCAGGCAUUGUGAACUGCAGCGUUGUCCUGUUGAAAAAGCCAGUCAUUACCACACAGACGAGGCCCUUCAGUCAUGAGGGAUGCCCCCUGCAACACCUCCACAUAGCCAGCUGCCUUUUGACGCCCCUGUACAACCUAAAGCUCCAUUGCUCUAUUGAAGGAAAAAUCAGAUCAUAAUGGCGCCCCCUGCACUGUCCUGUGUGGAAAAUAUCUCCGGUGGGAUCUCCUUGUCAUGCCAGUCAUGUUGGGAGACAGGACCGUCAAGGUUACAUUUUUUCCCCUCAGAGAAUAAAACAUUCUUCCACCUUUAAAUGUCCAAUGUUUGGUGCUCUUGUGCAAAUUCAAAAUAGUCAAUUUUAUGGCAUUGAAGGAGACAAGGCCUUUUAGACAUUUUUUAUUCGUCUGAUGGUUAUUGGACUGCACUCGGCACAAGUAACAACCUUCAUUUGAGCCGAGGACCGUCCCAUGUCUGACAGAUAUCCCCCUGCUCAGGGCCGGUGACAUUUUUUUGGGUCUACCACUUGACUUUUUUAUUCCAUAACCCUCAGGAUCUUUAAAGAAGUUUCAAAUGAGUGUCUUACUGCGUCCAACCUCAGCAGCAACGGUACUCUGCGAGAGGCCUUGCUGAUGCAGCUCAACAAUCCGACCACGUUCAAAGAGAGAAAGCUUUUUUGCCUUUGCCAUCAAAAGAUUAUGACAGUGUGAAUACCUGACAGAAAAUGACAUUGAAUCCACAUUUUUGCUAAGAUUUUGCCCUUUAAAGGCUGUGGUUUAAAACUUUUGAUCAGCUGAUGAAAUUGCCAUUUCAUCUUUUUGCAUUUUGAAGCUGUAAUUAGAACCUCCUUAAGAUCCAAAAGUGCAAAAUGUAAAUUCUUGCAAUUUUUCAGCUGGUCUUCAAAUUUUGAUCAGGAGUGUGUUCCAACCCAUUUUGUCAUGCUCAAGCACUUCCACACUUCUCAACUCAUUCAAACAUCAAAUGUUCAGCUCAUUUAGGAUAUUAUGGCUAUUCAUCAACACAUUCCAAAAAAUGCAUUCAUUUUCUAGGCUUCUAUAGGCUCCAGCUCACGGGUGGCCCUAAUGAGGAUCUGCCGUAUGGAAGGAUGGAAAUUCCAUUUUGAUCUUAAUCAUUCUUACUACUUCCACAUUUCUCGACUGAUUCAAACCAUUCCAACAUUCAAACAUUCAGGCUCUCUAUUUUUCACAUCCAAAAAAUUCACGGUUUUCCCAGGAGUCUACAUUUUCUGGCCCAAAAAUUCUCAUUGAUGUGAACAAUAUUUUUGCCCAUUUCUCAACGCAUUCCACACAACAUUCAGGGUCACAAUUUUACACAUUCCAUGAAUUCCCACUUUUCCAGUAAUUCCAAGGACGUUCCAAAUGCUUUUAGCGGCUAUGACCAAUGUUUGUGCAACAGUUGUGAUUGAUUCAUAAAGACAGCUUUCUGGUUUUCAUGUUGUUUUCACCUCUAAAUGAUCGGAUAUGUUUGCCUUGGGUGCUGGUAUUCGGCUGAUGGGUCUGUCAUUAUUCUGCAGCAGUCUACUUUAUCUGUGUGAUUCUUAAUCAGCUGCAUUCCUACUCUUACAUAAGAUAUGCUGGACAUUUAUUGAAUGAAAAAGUAAAAUGGAUUGUUUUUUUAACUGAAAACCCCUGCUAAUGUAAUAUGAAAGAUUUUUCAACACGCCAUAAUGGAAAAAUGCAAACCAAAUGUAAAAAAUCAGAGUCGAAAGGAAUCUGUAUGCAAACAAAAGAACAGCCUUGUAGUAUGAGGUAGGACUCCACCAGCUUGUUGUAUACUGCCCUCUAGCGGUAACAACUUUUACAACAAUUGCUGCUUACUCAGCUAAAGGAAAUUUGAAUAAAGAUAUAAAGAAAUAAAUCAUUUAAAUACAAAAUAAUUCAGUUAUUUUCUUAUUAAAAUGUUAAAUUAAUUAAAUUGUGAAAAUAUAAUCUUCAGUAAUUACACUGAACAUAUAGACGUUUUUAAUUAAUGACCAAUAUGUUUAUUAUUAAGUAUGACAUUUUUUAGUACAUGCUAGUAUGACAAUACAAAGAGAAAAAUACACAUUCAAUACAUGGGCAAUCUCAAUGUCCAUCUUUGGCCAGGCAUGUCUCCUCAACACAAUGGAACAAGUUCAUGAAAAUGAGCACCUAAAAGAAGUACCAUUCUUAUAAUGUCUUCACAGCAGCCCAACUGGGACUUCCGAGGUUGGAGCUUGAUGAGCGCAUCAAGAACCUGUCAGUGUUUCUGUGCAUCUAUACACUCUUAAGGGAGUUGAACCUUUUAAAAGGGCCGGACUCCAGUACAGCACAGCAGGCCAUUGUGGUUGCAUCUCCACUAGUUGUCCGAGAAGGCAUUUCUCCAAAAUGACAAAACUUAUUUACGUUUGUUCAAUGUCACAAAAAUGUUCUUCCACUGUUUUUUUUUAGUUUACGGUCAUUUGCUGUCACUUUAACAAGGGAGUAAUGCUUUUUCUACCAGAACAAUAUGCAUAAAGUACUGUUACAGCAACUUCAUUUAUUUACAGUUGUUCAGUUACAUAAAACUGCCUGCCACGGUUUUUAGGUUUAUGGUGAAAUACGGACACAGUAGUUCACUGUAAAAAAAAAAAAAAAAAAGUGCAUUACAUUGUCGUGUAAUGGUUAUUUUUAGUGUAUUACAUUCUAGUGUAAUGGGACUUCAACAUCUUCAACAAAGAUUCCAGUUGUCUCCAUUCAAGCUUAAGCAUGUUUUUUUUUAGUGUAUAACAGUCUAGUGCAGGGGUGUCCAAAGUGUGGCUAUGGGUCCAUUUGCAGCCCGCGGCUGCUGUUUUAUUGGCCCGUGGCACAUUCUAAAAAUAUUAAUUAACGAGAACACAAAAAACAAAAACAACAGCAAAAGUGGAAAAAUGAGUAGUAAUUUUACAAGCAUAAAGUCAAAAUAUUAAGAGAAAAAGUAAUAUUUCACGAGAAUAACGUAAUAUUAUGAGAAAAAACAUUGUUUUAGUAGCAUCAAGUUGAAAUAUUAAAGAAAAAAACAUUUUUGUAAAGUUGUAAUAUUUUAAAAAACGAACCAAGUAACAAAUAAAAUUGUAAUUUUUGGAAAAUGAGAUUGCAGAAAAAGUCAUAAUCCUACGAGAAUAAAGUUUUAUUAUGGGAAAAAAGUCAUUAUUAAAGAAGAAAAUUUACAAGAAUAAAGAAAUAGUUAGAAAAAAAACAACAGCAUAAAUGGAAAAAACAGCUGUAAUUUUACGAGAAUAAAGUCAAAAUAUUAAGAGAGAAACGUAGUUUUCUAAUGAGAAAAAAAUUGGAGUUUUGCGAGAACAAAGUUGUAAUAUUAUGAGGAACUACAAUGUCAUUUUAGUAGCAGGGAGUUGAAAUAUUAAAGAAAAAAUACAAUAUUUUUAAAAAUCAGAAUCUGAAUAACAAACAAAGCAAAAUAAUGUUGUAAUUUUUGGAGGAAUAGGUUGGGGAAAAAGUUCUAACAUCUGUGAAGAUUAUUUAAGAAGAAAGCUGAAUAUUUGGAAAAUUAAAACAACAGCCAAAAUGGGAAAAAAGAGCAAAGCUCACACUAAUAACAGGCCUUUUCAACUACCGUACAUCACAAAGCUGGGAUGCUGUUUUUUGUGCCUGUGAAUAUUCUCAUUCAUCCAGGUCAUUGUAUUCUCAGGACAUUCAAUCGAUCGCAACUGGACUGUUUAGGUUGUCAUAGAAGACGUUUCACCUCUCAUCCCAGCAGGCUUAAUCAGUUCAUGCUAGAAGACUAGGUGGGACACACACCAGUCAGGCUACAUAGGACAGCUCUAGUGUAGUUCAUGCUAGAAGACUAGGUGGGACACACACCAGUCAGGCUACAUAGGACAGCUCUAGUGUAGUUCAUGCUAGAAGACUAGGUGGGACACACACCAGUCAGGCUACAUAGGACAGCUCUAUUGUAGUUCAUGCUAGAAGACUAGGUGGGACACACACCAGUCAGUCCUAUGAGCUGUAAUUUAGAUAGUCCUACAAUUUAGAUCUAGUCUGACUGGUGUGUGUCCCACCUAGUCUUUGAGCAUGAACUGAUGAAGCCUGCUUGGAUGAGAGGAGAAACGUCUUCUAAGAUAACCUGAGAAUAUCUACUGUACAUGUGUUGUUUUACAAAAUAUCAAGGUGGACCUUGCAUCCUUUCAUUUCCACUACGUGGCCCUUGCUGGAAAAAAUGUUUGGACACCCCUGUGCUUGUGUAAUCAGACCUUUUUUUUUUGUUUUUUAUUUUUAGCGUAUUUCAUUGUUGUGUAAUGGGAUUUAAGACAUUUUUGGUAUAUUAUGGGACUUUUUUAUUUUUAGUGUGUAACAUUAUUGGGUAAUGUGAGUUAAAUUUUUGUGUGUAUUACAUAGUUGUCUCCUAUAAUGGGACUUUUUUUCAUUUUAUUUUUUUAGUGUAUUACAUUGUUGUCUAAUUGUUUUUUUUAUUUUAUUUUUUUAGUGUUUUACAUUGUCAUGUCAUGGGAUUUUUUUAAUUUUGUUUUUG